AUGACCGUGCUCCUCCUGUCGCUCUUCACUAUCUCCGCCGCUCUAGAUGUGGGACAGGAGCACUUCCUCCGCAAGGCGGAGUCUGGCACUCCCAAUUGGGAGGCCUCCUCCACACUGCGAGUACAGCUCUACAUCACCGUGGUGAUGUGCGCGAUCUUCCUCGCCGCGGCCUUGAUCUUCUUUUGGACCUCCACCCCGGCCAACGAGAAGAAGGAGGUGGAGGAAGAGGAGGUGCCAGGGGAGCCCGCUCCCGAACCUGCGGCUGAGAACUCUGAGGCCCCGGAUCUCGGCCCCGCGCUCGAAGACUAUGAGGACUUGGUGAGGAUGCUGCUGCAGCGGGGCACGCAGAGCAUGGCGCCCAAGGUGGCCAAGGCGGUGCAGGUGGCCAGCAUCAUCAGCGACCGUGUGAGCUCCCUGACAACAAAAGCCAAGGCGCUGGUGGUCACUGAGCUCACAGACACGGUGGGCUCCAUUGCGCAGUCCCUGCAGCUUGAGGAGUUUAUGCUGCUGUUGGACGAUGAUGCGGCGCUGGCGGCAAAUGUGCCGCCAGUGUCGGUGCUGCUGGCGGGGCUGUUGGUGCCAGCGAACCUGAACUUCACCAUCCUUUGCCACCUCUUGCAAGUGGUGCUGGUGCUGAUCCCGGUGCUGGCGGUGGCGGCGGUGUCUGAGUACGUGGACUGGAAUCACUCCUGCGCCUCCAUUCCCGGCUUGAGGCUGUGGGCUCGCACGGUGGGGGCACUCGCGGGCUUGAUCGCCCUGGCGCGCGUGCUCCAGGCUUUGCAGUGCUUCGCCGCCAAGGCCCAGAUCCGCCGCAAGAACGAUGAGAUGAAAGAGAAGCUGGAGCAGGCGACGUCGUCUCCCUCGGCCAGCGGCCUGGAGGAGCUCAAGCAGCUCUUCGUGUUUUACGCGGCAACUCUGCAGCACGCCUUGUCCUGCGAAGCAAGGAUCCGUGCCAACGUCUUCUCCCACAUCGUCGGCUUCGGCACAUUGCUGUGGCUCCUGACGACCUUCUGGAAUCUGUGGCUGUACUUUGGCUACAUGUUCGUGCCUGGCGUGGUGGCCUUCCAUGAAGCUGCCGCAGGCGAGAGCAGCUACUGCGGGGCUUGGGUGACGGCCUGUGCGGCGAAGAUCUCCAUCCUUCUGGCCCUGAUGUUCUUCUUCGGCAACGCCGCCUCGGCUGGUUUGAGAAAUGUUUCUGCGCAAUCCCAGGCCGCCACAAAAAAAACGCCGGAGACCUUUUAA